AAAAAAGGUCGCCAAAAGAUUACUAAAGAAUUAAUUCUAAAUAUCCUUAAAGCAAAACUAAACACAAAAACUGCUAAACCAAGUAAUUAUCAAGGUCAAAGAAAAGUUUUUAUUCGUGAAAGAGUUGCUUAUGAUAGAUUGGCUCAUAACUUGAAAGAAGAUUGUCAGACGCUAGCUAAAUUCUUCGAUGAUACUACAGAACUAAAAAAUGCCCAAAAGGAUUUAAUAAACUUUAACAAUCGGGAAGAAUUUGAAAGGAAUAAACAAAACUUACUCACUAAAACUAAUCAAGCAAUUAAUGGAUUAAGCGUAAGAACAGGCUCAAGCACUUAUAUUGGCGGAGUGUGCGAUUUUCGCAAAGAAAUAGAAAGUUUAAAAAGAGAUAUCGAGAAUGCUCAAUACGAAGAAGCCCAAGAAUUGGCUUUAAUAGAGCAAAAAGAAGGAGAAUUAAAACAAGAAAUUGAAGAAAACCAGCGAAAGGCAGCAAAAAAGAAAAAACAACUUAAAAUAAGUAAUUUAGGAGAUAACUUUAAUCCUAAUAAGCACAUUGAGGAUUUUAUUAAAGCCAUAGAGGAUAGUUUGAGUGGUGGAAAUACUCCGAAAAAUAACCCUUUUCAAACUCCUAACAUAAAUAGUCCGAGUGGUAAUUCCAAUCCUAGAACAGGCGGCAGAACAAGAAAUCCGCUCAACCCUUUCCAACAAACCCAAAAUACUUCUCAAGACUGA